AUGAAGUUCAUUCUCACCCAAAUCUCUGCUGCUGUCUUGGCCGCCUCUGCUGCUUCUGCUGCCUACCUUACCUCUCGACAAGAAGCUACCCCUGAUAAUGGUAACCAACAACAAAACCAAACCAUUCAACAAUAUGGUGGCAACUUUGAUGCUGGUGUUCUCAAUGGCACUUGGUAUUUGACCGGUGUGACUCAAAACAUCUGGAGCAUGUAUGAACUUUUGUCUCAAAAGAUGAACUUGGACGUCAACUGCUUGCAAUUGAAUGUCACUAGCAGCUCCAACACGACCUUGGAUGUGUUUGCCUCUGCUUUCUUGAGCAAGAACGGCACUGAGGCCGGUGUCAAUGCCACUGCUGCUGGCGCCUUCAUCUUGCAAAAUCCUGACAACAAGACCAACGUCUCUAACCACGAGUUCUACUGGGAUGCUUAUGUUUCUCAAAUCUUUGUCAACAAGGCUCAAUGGGAGAACUUUACUUCUAAUGGUCAAAGCAAUGCCAAUGCUUCUGAUAGUGGUAGCGCUGUCAUUCCCGGCUCUAAGCCCGCUCAAGCUAACAUCUACACUCAACUCAUUGAUUCCAAUGCUCAACCUGGCUCCAAUGAUUCCACCAACUACGAUACCGUCUUUAUCUGGGGUUCUCAAAUGAAGACUUUUGAUAAUUAUCAAAAGAGAGCCGAUGACCUCUACGGUAUUGUUCUCUCCAAGACCUCCAAUGUCGCUGAUGACACCUUCAACAAGACCAUUGCUCUCUUGCCUCAAGCUGUUGCUGCUAACAAUGUCUCUGUUGUCAAGUUGAACGAUACUUGCACUCUCCACAACAACAGCCAACAACAACAAUAA